AUGGAGACCCAGAGGAACACCCGUUGCCUGGGUAGAUGGUCACCGUUGCUACUUCUACUGGGCCUGGUGAUCCCUCCAGCCACCACUCAGGCCCUCAGCUACAAGGAGGCCGUGCUCCGUGCCGUGGAUGGCCUCAACCAGCGGUCCUCAGAUGAGAAUCUCUACCGCCUCCUGGAGCUGGACCAGCCACCCAAGAGAGACAAGGACUCUGAUACUGCAAAACCUGUGAGCUUCAUGGUGAAGGAAACUGUGUGCCCCAGGAUAAUGAAGCAGACACCAGAGCAGUGUGACUUCAAGGAGAAUGGGCUGGUGAAACAGUGUGUGGGGACAGUCAUCCUGGACCCAGUCAAGGACUACUUCGACGCCAGCUGUGAUGAGCCCCAGCGUGUCAAAAGAUUUCACAGCGUGGGUAGCCUUAUCCAGAGACAUCAGCAGACGAUUCGUGACAAGAGUAAAGCAACUCGUCAUGGUAUCAGGAUUAUUACUCGACCUAAGCUCCUUCUAGCAUCCUAG